GCCAAGCCGUGCCGUGCCGAGCGGAGCAGAGCCGUGCUGAGCCGUGCCGAGCCGUGCCGUGCCGGGCAGGGCGCAGCACGGUGCGGGUGGCCGUGCCGGGAUGGGUGGCGGGCGCCGGGCGCUGCUCUGGGCGCUGCUCUGGGCGCUGCGCUGCGGGGCCGAUGAUGCUGGUGGAAAUGGAGGCCAAAGGCCGUAUCCAUCACUCUCGGCGGCAGACCCAUUGGCAGAGUCCCACCGCCCCAAGCGAAGCCUCGCCGUUAGUCACCGGCCUCACCAGGGCACAAAGCAGGCCUGGGAGGAGCCUUCAGCCAGCUCUCUGGGACAGAUUAAAUUUAACCCCACGGUGGGACACAUCGUGAUUAAUGAGCACAAGGAUGUCACAUUUAAUUGCUCCAUCAGAGUACCUCAGUUGCUGCUCCGGCCAGAUGCCCCUGGCAUUUCCUUGUGGAAGGAUGGGAGGGAACUGUACAUACUGGACCGCAUUGCCACCAGCCACUUCGAGAUCUCCGACGAGGAUGAGGUGGCCAUGACCUCCACCUUCAGCAUCCGUGCUGCUCAGCGCUCAGAUAAUGGCUCCUACGUCUGCAAGCUCAACGUCUCUGGCAUGGAGAUUGUGUCAGACCCCAUCUUGGUGCAGCUGGAAGGGCUCCCUCACUUCAUUCGGCAGCCUGAGAAGCUGAAUGUCACCAAGAACAGUCCCUUCAACCUCACAUGCCAAGCUGUGGGCCCACCAGAGCCUGUGGAGAUCUACUGGUUCCGCAACAAUGUUAAGGUCAACCAGAAGGCCCACAUCUCCCCAUCAGUCCUGAUGGUGCCAGGUCUCAAUGAAACAGCACUGUUCAGUUGUGACGCUCACAACAGUAAAGGGCUGACCGCUUCGAACCCAGGGCAGGUCAAUGUGAAAGGAAUGCCAUUUGCACCCACCAGCGUUCAUGUCCUAAAUAGAAUGGCCCACGGUAUUGUGAUCUCCUGGGUGCCAGGCUUCGAUGCAUUCUCUGCCUUGAGCAGCUGCAGUGUCCGGGUCAAGGAAGCUGUUCCACGAAGCAAUGUCUCACUUCUGCUCUUCAACACCUCGGUGCCUCCCCACGUGUAUCACAUCCAGCAGCUGUGGCCCAUGGCAGACUAUAACAUUAGUGUUUCCUGCAAGAAUGAAGUUGGCUGGUCGGCAUUUAGCCCCUGGAUAACUGCCAGUACCACAGAAGGAGCUCCUACAACCCCGCCACUGAAUGUCACAGUGUCAUUCAAUGAAUCCAGCUCACUCCUGGAGAUCCGAUGGGUGAAGCCACCCCUGGAGAGGAUACAUGGGGAACUGCAGGGCUAUCGCAUCUGGCACAGCUGGCAGGACUCCAAGGGGUUGCAGAACAUCUCCUCUGAAGCCCAGCAGAACAGCAGCGUGGCCCUCCUGCCCGUGGUGGCCACCAACGCCACGUGCUCCGUGCGUGUGGCUGCCGUCACCAAGGGGGGAGUGGGGCCCUUCAGCAGCCCGGUGGAGGUCUUCAUCCCCGACAGCGGGUUAAUAACCUCAGCUCCCUCUUCGACUCCAGCCUCUGGGAAUGCAGACUCCUUUAUCAUAGCCCUGGGCUUCAUCUGCGGGAUGAUUGCUGUCGGGCUGAUCCUCUGCUUGUCCGUGGUCAUUCAGAAAAGAUGCACAGAGACCAAAUACGGGAAUGCCUUCAGCAGAAGUGACUCAGAGCUGGUGGUGAGUUACACGGCGAAGAAGUCCUACUGUCGGAGAGCUGUUGAACUAACAUUGGGCAGCCUGGGUGUCAGCAACGAGCUCCAGCAGAAGUUGCAGGACGUCGUCAUUGACAGAAAUGCUCUCAGCCUGGGGAAGGUCCUGGGAGAAGGGGAGUUCGGGUCGGUGAUGGAGGGACGUCUCAGCCAGCCCGAAGGCACCCCGCAGAAGGUGGCUGUCAAGACCAUGAAGAUGGAUAACUUUUCCCAAAGAGAGAUCGAAGAGUUCCUCAGUGAAGCAGCGUGCAUGAAGGACUUUGACCAUCCCAAUGUCAUCAAGCUGCUAGGCGUGUGCAUCGAGCUGAGCUCCCUGCAGGUCCCCAAGCCCAUGGUGAUUCUCCCGUUCAUGAAAUACGGCGACCUGCACAGCUUCCUGCUUCGCUCCCGGCUGGAGAUGGCCCCACAGUUCGUGCCCCUGCAGAUGCUGCUGAAGUUCAUGGUGGAUAUCGCCCUGGGGAUGGAGUACCUGAGCAGUCGGCAGUUUCUCCACAGGGAUUUGGCAGCUCGGAACUGCAUGCUACGGGACGACAUGACGGUGUGUGUGGCAGACUUUGGCUUGUCAAAGAAGAUUUACAGCGGCGAUUACUACCGUCAGGGCCGAAUAGCAAAAAUGCCAGUGAAGUGGAUUGCAAUAGAGUCUCUGGCAGACCGCGUCUACACCACCAAGAGUGACGUGUGGGCAUUUGGCGUUACCAUGUGGGAGAUAGCGACCCGAGGGAUGACUCCGUACCCAGGAGUCCAGAACCACGAGAUCUAUGAGUAUCUCUUCCACGGACAGCGGCUGAAAAAGCCCGAGGACUGCUUAGAUGAGCUGUAUGAAAUCAUGUCUACAUGCUGGAGAGCUGACCCCGCUGACCGGCCAACGUUCUCGCAGCUGAAAGUCCACCUGGAGAAGCUGCUGGAAAGCCUGCCCACCCUGCAGGGGCCCAGGGACGUCAUCUACAUCAACACCAGCCUGCCAGAGGACAGCCCGGACUCCACCCAGGAUUCGGGGUUCCCCCAGGCAGACUCUGACUUGGACCCCGGGGACAUUGCCAAGCCCUGCUGCUCCCAAAUGGAGGCAGCCCUCGUGGCCGUGGAUGUCCACGACAGCAAACGAUGGGGGUCGAGGUACGUCCUCGAGGGCGCCGGCGAGGAGCAGCUGGUCAGCCCCACGGAGGAUGCGUACGUCCCACUACUGCCCCAUGGGGCGGCCCCCGAGGGCUCGGCGUGGACCCAGGCCAGCACCUUGCCAGCCGGCAGCUCCCUCGUGCCUGAGCCGCGGUGCGCAGAUAGCUCUGAGGACUCCGCAGUGCUGCUGUGAACGGGAAACCUGCACAAAGCAGAGCUCAGAAAGAAGGACAGAGAGAUUAUAUUUUAAUAAACAGUCUUAUUUCUUC